AACUCACGUAGAAGAACCCCAAAAGUAAUUAAAACCCUAAAAGUAAGAACCCUUCAUCAUCAACAUUAAGUUAAGAAAAUUGAUUAAACUUCCAUGGCGAGCCAUAUGAAUGAAUGAAGCUCAUCACAGAGUGUUCAAGCUUUAGCCCCGGCCCAGCUCUGUGAAACCCUAUCUUUGUCCUCUUCGUUUCACCUUCUAUUUCAUGUGAGUUUCCACUUUUGCCUGUGACUUGAUUCAAUACCCUUCUUUAAGUUCAUUUCCAUCACCUCUCCAACCCUAUAAAUAUACCAACUCUUGCUCCCAUUAAUUUACAGCUCUAUCUGAUAGAAAUUCAAGAUAGGAAAGCAGCGCUGGUGAUCGAUAUAUCGUGUAUGUCUUCAAUUGCCAUGAAGGGUUUUUGUUGGAUCGUUGUUCUUCUCGCCGUUGUUUCUCUUCCGGCAGCAAUGUCUGCAAGGCACAUCGUUCCCCAACACUCCGGUCGUGGACACCGCCAUCCAACAGCCGCUGGUGUCACAACCACCGGGGACGACCGUCAAGCGAAAUCACAGGAAUUUCCUGCAUUGGGGAGGCAGCGACUUAGAGCGGGUGACACGCUACAAGUAGCAGGUUCGAGGCUGCCCGACUGCUCGCACGCGUGCGGGUCGUGCUCGCCAUGCCGGCUGGUGAUGGUGAGCUUCGUCUGCGCGUUGCUGGCGGAGGCGGAGACCUGCCCCAUGGCUUACAAGUGCAUGUGCAACAACAAAUCCUAUCCUGUCCCUUAAUUACGGCUCUAUAUGUUUGUGUUCAUGUCCAUGCAUGCUUCUAUCUCGUAGUGCCUUUGUAAAAUACAGUACUAGCAGUUGGGUUUCUUUGGUUUCUCAGCAAUUUUCUGUGUAACAUGCAGUCUCAAACAAGGCUUCCUCUGUGUAAUCAAAGAGUUCAU